AUGGGGGCCAUGAACUUCCUUCCCCUCCUGCAGAAGUCAGAUGGGCACACCUGUCCAUACUGCCGCUGUGACAUCCGAGGGACCGAGUCUGUCCUCAUCGAGCCUUACCUGCCCGGCCAAGGCAGCGGGUUCAUCACGUGCGAGCCAGAGGAUGAGGAUGAUGAUGACCACGAGGAUGUGGAGCAAGUGAUGAAGAAGCUGGCCUCCAUGAAAAAGAAGGCAUCAUCGGAGGACUAUCAGACCCCUAGUAGACCAGUGGACUCCAGUCUCAUGCCGCCUCCGCUGCCCCCAAAACUUGCCGCCACGUCUCCAUGCCCCUCCCCACGACUCCCACCUCGGUCCCCAAUGGCAGAAGCACGUGCCAAUCAUUCACACAACAGACUGCAGAGCAACGAUAAGAGCAGGAAGUCAUCAGCAAUGAAAGUCCAACAGGAAGAGCCUUGCAGAGGAGGAUGGGAGGAUUCUGGGAGCUCUCCUGCCCCAUACACCCGUUCACCCUCCCACAAUGAAGACUCAAACUCUGAAUCAAGCAGGCCAUCCUCCUCCCAGUCUGGCAAAAGCAAUGAUGUGCCCUGGUCAGGGUCCGCAUCCUCAUCCUCAUCCUCAGGGAGAAAGAAGAGGGACAAAGUGCGGGGAAUGACGGAGGACAGAAGUGAGAGGGAGGGUAGAUUGAGUGAAGCACUCGGGACUCAUACGGUUAGACAGAAACACAUGUCCUCCUGACAAUCAUUUUAACAACAUCGUAGAGGAGCUACAGUACUUCCUACUAGAAGGGACCAUGGACUGAAAGACAAGCAACAAUUACUAUCACAUGACUAAAGAUUACACAUAUAUUAACGAUAAUAUGUGUAUAUGAAUGUCUGCUAUGAAUAUAUUUGACCUGUUCAGACUGACUAAAUUUUAAACAUAUAAUGUAAACAUAUAAAAUGUAAAUGACCAAACUAAUGUUGCCUGGAAAUAGUUAAAUCCUUGUUUUGUAUAGAACAUUAUGGUUCUGAAACUGAUUUUAAUUUAUGCAUUAUACGUUUAAACUUUUGUUUUGGAGGAACGUGAUUCAAGUGAUAUAGAUAUCUGACAUGUUUUGAGCCAAGACACUACCUCAUAUUAUCAGAAGCACAAGCAAAGGUUUCAGAAACGAAUGAAAGCAGCGAAAAUUACAGACAUAAUUCAAAAAGCAAACAUGCCAUGCUUCGGUAUUUCAACAUCUGACAAAAUACUUGCUCACUUGAAUGGACAUUCACCUAAUUCUUAAAAAACACUGUGUGCCUGA